AUGAGUGCGAAUCGAGUGAAGCUCACUAACGAAAUUCUCCACGGGAUUCGAGUAAUCAAACUCUACGGAUGGGAAGACAUUGCAAACGAAAUGAUUCGCGAUGUCAGAGUGAAGGAGAUUGCGUUGUUACGGAAAUUCAACAAUCUGCGCCUUACAAGUUCGGCGAUGAUGUUCCUAGCGCCCACUCUACUCAAUCUGGUUUGUUUCUCGGCGACAAUACUACUCGGCAACACAUUAGACGUGUCAUCAGCAUUCUUUGUUAUGGCGCUUACGACUGCAUGUCAAAACGCGUUCAGUGUGUUUGCCGAUGCGACAGUUGCAUUAGCUGAAGCCAUAACAUCCACUAAGCGACUAACAGAAUUUCUAUCUGCGGAUGAAGUUGUCGACACUAAUAAAGAAUCGAACACCCCAAAACAACUGCCACUGGUCUCUAUAGAAAAUGGAGAUUUCCAAUGGGAGGAGGACGCUGUCAUCCCAACACUUUCCAACAUCAACCUCAUCCUCGAUCCUCAGACACUAACGGUUGUAGUUGGAGCCGUGGGGAGUGGUAAGUCCAGCCUCGUCAACGCUAUCCUUGGAGAAAUAAAACAAGUUCGCGGCGAACGUGUAGUACAUGGUAACGUGGUAUAUGCGAGUCAGCAAGCUUGGAUCCAGAAUGACACAGUGCGCAACAACGUCCUUUUUGGUGAGGACUACGACGCGAUUCACUAUCGAAAGGUUAUUGAGUCGUGCCAGCUUCUACCAGAUUUUGAAAUGUUGGACCAUGGAGACCAAACAGAAAUUGGUGAACGUGGUAUCAAUCUAAGCGGUGGUCAGAGAGCACGAAUUGCUCUAGCUCGAGCGUUGUAUCGCUCUCGACACUUUGACUUCGUGGUGUUGGACGACCCUCUCAGCGCACUCGACGUCCACGUGGCGAAUAGUGUGUUUCUAGAUGGAAUCGAUGGCAUUGGGCUGGGGAAAACACGCUUGUUAGUGUUGAACUCACACUACCACUUGCUGCGCUAUGCACAUCGAGUGUUGGUCAUGGUGGAUGGACAAAUUGCGGGAGAUGGCAAAUUGGAAGAAUUGGAGCACCAGUUUCCGUUCCUAAAUACAGCAUCAACGCGAGUUAGUGACGUGUCGGACGACGGAACUAACGAUGCAAAUAUCUUUGAAUUGAUCUCGAAAGGGCAUAAACCAGCUAAAUGUGAAAACGUGACGCCAGGAAAGCUGAUCACUCAAGAAGACCGACGAGUAGGCUCUGUUCACAUUCAAAGCUAUAUCGACUAUCUGUCCUCUUCGGAAUGGGAUGGGCGUUAUCGCUCAGAUUGCACUAUUUUCCUGCGACUGGUUUUUGAGUCGGUGGUCACGAGGGUCGGUGUCUUUAAGUCAAAUGAACUCAUUGGCGGUGUACGCGGGGAUAGUUACUAUCGCCGUAUUACUUGUUACUGCUCGGUGUUUCUUCCUCAUCCAAACUUGCAUGACAUGUUCGAUUAA